GAUAAACACCGCCUAUCACUAGUAUCAGUAUUUGCAGCGAGACAUUCACUGGCUUGCGUUCCCAUUAGAUCUGGCAGUAGGGAGAUAGUGCAAAGCCUGUGGUGGAUAGUUGGUCCCCAGUACUUUCUCCGCAGCACCUAAAUCUACCUCGAAGUAUCGUGCAAGAAGGAUGAGCAUCAAAAACCAACUAACGACCGAUGAGCCCCACCAUAUCCCGGGAUAUAAUGGGUAUUGCCCUCAACGGAAGUACCGGUAUUCCGAUACGUACGGCACCACAACUCACAAACUGCUAGCCAAUCCCGACGAGAGCACGGCCCACUCGGAACAGCCCAUUUUGCGUGACAUCUUUCCACCUAGCCAGCUGACCGAACAGGGAAUACCUGAUCUGGAAGCGUUCGAAGAAGCCGAGGCCAGUGCAACGAUCGAGCGCCGAUGGCAAUCACAUGGAGAUCAGAAACUGCUAGACCCAGUCGUACCUGGAUACCAAGGCUUCAUACCCAAACGUCAAAACCAUCAUUUUGGACGAACCAAUGCCAAGGUGUGCCGUGCAUCGAUUGCACACUUUCAGAACAGACAGAACGAGACACUGGGCUACCAGAGCAGCCUCUUGAACGACACAUUGAAGCAGCCCCGUCACCGCCGCCAUCACACCGCUCCACCGUUUAUCUCCAAGGAUGCUCCUCUGCCCACGAUGACCACCUUCACAAUGCCAAAAGGUGCGGACCUAAGGUAUUUCAAGGCGGGGUAUGAUGGCUUUGUUCCUCGCUGGAGAAAUCAUCAAUAUGCGAACACUUUCCAGGUUGGAUCAAGAACAGCCAUCGAUGAGUUUGAACACGAAAACAACAUGCGUGACACACGCCGUGACAUGCCCGUACGUCCCAUGAGCGUCAAGGAACCAACACCAAGGAUGCCGGUUGUUCCUCGAACCGACUACAGUGCGCCACUGUACGCCCGGGACAACGGGAUCGUGCCAAAAUACACCGGACAUGUUCCUGGCUACCGAUACAAGUACGGGCGAACAUACGGUGCAACCACAUCCACGACACUACCACCAAUCGAAACUGAUGUCUCUGUGUAAAUGCGGUCUGCCUGAAAGAAACCUCGCAUUGUGCCCAUCACAGCUAUAUGGCUCCCGUGGCUUUAGUGAGGCUCAUUGUCACUGUCUUCCCAAUGUCGCAUGAUGUCUGCAUCAAUUCAAGGAGACCAGUCUAGUGCUCAAACAAUAGUCAAUUCGUCUAAUAUCAAGGUUUUGAAUCCAUACCGCGUGCUCUGAACUUGUGACAGAAGUCAUUCCCAAGUCAUUUUCGAACUGAUAAUCCCCUUCACGAUUAUUUGGUCUGCACUAUUGCCAAGCCGUACUUCAGGUCUUGACUAGAACUGUGGCAUGUAGUGCCAGACUUUUGUUUGCAUUUGAGCAUAUCUUAUAUGCAGCGUUGUGUCCAGAUGAUCACGGUUUCUUGUGUGUGGCUAUAGCCCAGACUGAUUUACCAUGUGAAUCUCGACUAAGAUCUA